GUGCGACCUCAACGGCGGCAACCUCGGACACAAUAGCGGCAGCGACCUACCCUUCGACAUGGAGCAAUCCUUCUGGCUCGGUCCUGACUGCGCUGAACACCGACCUCUGGGUGGCUGAAAGGCCGUUUAUCUGGAAUUCCAUCGAUGUAGGUGGGAAGAUGGCCGUGGUGCGCUUGCCGGACGGGGGCUUGUGGGUUCACUCGCCGGUGGAGCUUGAUGAGGAGCUCAGAGAAGCGCUGGAACAACUUGGUCCAGUUCGGCACAUCGUGUCACCGAACUUUGAGCAUGUUAAGUGGGCUGCCCAGUGGAAAGCAGCGUUUCCAGACGCCACACUCUGGGGAACGCCAGGCAUGAAGGACAAGUUCCCAAAGAUCCCUUUCGACAUCGAGCUGCCGAGCAGCGGGUCAGCUCCAGCUGAAUGGGGCGGCGCUCUUCUCCUGUGCUUUGCGGACUGUGAGAGAACGCCGCUGUUGGGCACUCCCUUCUUCAACGAAGUGCUUUUCUAUCACGUUGCCAGUGAGACGCUGAUGUGCAGCCCGGCUGAGCACUCACAUGAACCGCAAGCCCUAGCCCACUUCAGCUGCUUGCAACAAGUACGUGAACCCGCUACGACAUCGACCUGUUCUGAUGACCUUUGUCGUGAUGUUUCACUUUGUCGACCAAUCCGCCUUUGUUGUCGCAACGAGGUAUAG